AUCGUCCACCAAUCUACGGCGGCUUUCCUAAACACAUUCUCGGAGUCUGUCGGGGCAUAUAAGCCCAUUGAGGGCCGGUGGGCGGGCGGCCGGGCGAGCGAGCGAGAGGGAGAUGGGAGGAGCGGAGGCGCUGGGGGCGUACAGGGCGCUGCUGCGGGCGACGCGGAAGACGUUCGCCGGCGACACGCUGAUGCUGUCGGAGUCCGCGGUGGAGAUUCGGCGGAAGUUCGAGGAGAACCGCGGCGUGACGGCGGAGGCUGAGGUCGGGCGCCUCCUCGACGAGGCCCGUGAGGCCUCCCACUUCAUCACCCACAUGAUCGUCCAAGCCAAGCGCAGCUCCACUACCGGCAGUUUCGUUGUGAAGCCUGGUAAAGAACAUGCUGGAGCAAUGCUAGAGAUUCCUUCUGAAGAGAUUCCGUCUAAGUCGACAUGAGCAAAAUUGAGCUCAUUACAAUGUCAAAGGACUCACGAGGAUAGAAGGAGGUCUAGCUUCCUGUGUGGACUAAUAUUUCAUUGUAAGUUGUAGAAGUUUAGGGGAGAAGAAUCUUGAGAUAGUUUCUCUAUUUUCCUAAGAUGUUCUUCGGGAAGCUAGUUGGUUCUCAUGGUUAUUUUCUAUUGUGUGUUCAUUCUUAAUAAUGAAAAGUAACUUGAAGAGUAUAAGGAAGUUAGCUUAUCUGAUAUGGUUGCUGCAUUUAAUUAUG